AUGGCGGUGGGCUGUGGAGGACGGUGGAUGGGGAAGGUGGGCGAGCUCUGGCGGCGCGACGCCACGGUGACAUCGGCGGUCCUCAACGCGAAGCACGUGUAUCCGAGGGCGCCCGUUCAACCGAAAGAGCUCAGCGCCGCCAACGUCACUCCAUCGCUCGACUACGCGUGCGCAGACCGCGGGGCAUCGACGGCGCGCGUGAACAUCGAUACAAACGUUGCGCUGCCGUUGUGUCCGCAGGUGUGGAAGGACGACGCCUGGGAGGCCCGCUUCACCCUUCGUCCCGUCGGCCUGGUGCUUUCUUCGCUGCGUUCCGACCAGCACGGUGUGUACAUGUGCCGCGUCGACUUCCGCCAGGCGCAAACGCUCAACCGACUGGUACGCCUCACAGUCAUCGUGCCGCCGCGUGCCGUUGUCAUCCGCGACAGCCGGGGCAGGCCGCUCAACGGAAGCGUCACCGCCAUCGACGGACAGUCGCUCUCACUGCUCUGCACGGCACCCGGAGGUCGUCCUCCAGCUGCGCUCUCCUGGUGGCGCGACAGCCACCGGCUGGAGGACGUGCUCGUUCCGGGUGGUGACGGAACCGGCGACGCGGCGAGUCAACUUGCCGUGGGGCCCCUUGGUCGCCGAGACCUACACGCGCAGCUCGUCUGUCGAGCCUCGAACAAUAACAUCUCCGAGCCACUCAGCGCAUCGGUCGUCAUCGACCUUAUACUGGGUCCGACCAGCGUGUCCAUCGUGGGUGCAACGCCCUCACUCGAAGCUGGUCGCCCUGGUCAGCUGCGGUGCAUCGCCUCCGGUUCGAGGCCACCUGCUCAGCUCUCAUGGUGGAAGGGGAGUCAGCGACUUCCCGCAAUCACGACCACGACCGACGCCGGCAGUGCCGUCGACGGGCCGGCGUCCAGCAGCACGCUCACAAUAACCCCUUCGGUCGAGGACGACGGCCGCCAGAUCACGUGUCGAGCGUUGAACGAGCGCCUGCCGCACGCCACUGUCGAAGACGUCACCACCAUCAGAGUCCUCUACAAACCGCAGCUCGUGGUGCGACUGGGCAAUCGUCUACGGCAAAGCAGCAUCCUGGAGAACCACGACGUGUACUUGGAGUGCAGCGUGGCUGCCAACCCACCCGUCAGCGAGAUCAGCUGGCUGUUCGAAGGCCGAGACCUGCAGACCAACACGUCCGCAGGGAUCAUCGUCAGCAACCGCUCACUCGUCCUGCAGAAGGUGGGCCGCGGUGCUCGCGGCCACUACCACUGCGUGGCGGCAAACAGCCUUGGCCAGUCGCGCAGUGAGCCGCUUUUUCUCCGCGUCCAGUUCGCUCCCGUGUGCCACGAGUCCCAGAAACUGAUCUACGGCGCAGCCAGACACGAGCCGUUGCAGGUGACAUGCGACGUGGACGCGGAUCCUCCCGAAGUCACCUUCCACUGGCAUCUGAAUCAUUCCAUGGAGACAGCGAUACCGCACAGCAUGCAGGGCGCCACUCGUUCGGUGGCGACCUUCAUCGCUCGCUCAGAGGCCGACUACGGGGCUCUGAGCUGCGAGGCACGCAACUCCGUGGGACCACAGCGAAGACCCUGCCUGUUCAGCGUCGUGCCGGCCGGACCACCCGAGCCUCCGGGUCUAUGCGCACUCGCAAACCAGACCGAAGAGGCCUUUCAGGUCCGUUGUAUUGAGGGCCACCACGGCGGCCUUCCUCAACAUUUCGUCCUCGAGAUCCAUGACAGCGGUGGUCGAUUUCGUGGAAACGUGACCUCACCCAUGCCAUAUUUUGAGGUGUCGGACCUCCCAUCGGGCAGCGAAUUCGUACUGGUGGUGUACGCCGCCAACGGAAAGGGCCGCAGUCCGCCAGUGCUACUCACGGCGUCCACGUUGCCGGCUGCAGCAGAGAGCCUGCUGCACCAAGGACCUGAUGCAUCGUGGCAGAUCAAGUUCAGCCCCGUGCUCGCCGUGCUCAUGGCGCUGGUGCUGGGCUUCGCGCUACUUGCCUUCGUGGUGGUGGCAGCCGUGCGUCUUUGGAGCAGGCACAGCUUCCACAAAGACGCUAACGGUGCUCCUCGCCCCGGAGGUUUGAAUGUAGCUGCGGUUUGGCUUGCAGGGAGCAAGAUGCCCAGUCCGGACGAGAGACCCUGGAUACCCCCUGCGCCUGAUGUGGUCGACAGGAUACAAGUUUCGCCUAAGACUGAAACCACGGAAAUGGAUACGUUCGUGUCGGCCAAGGGGCUGUGCAUGGCGACCCUAGACCAGGACCAGAGCGUCAUCAACACCUUCAUGCAGCGGUGAUCUACGACCAGGCCGCGCCACGAGCGCCUCACCCUCUCCCCUGUACAGCAGAGGCGCUCGCGACCGGCUGCGUUCAUCGUCACAAAGAGCGCCUCCAUCACCAGGCAGUGUUCAUACAUGCCUCGUUUCGUCGCGGGAAUGUUUCAAGAAAUGUGGUGCUCUUUUUAGUGUAUGAGACAACGUGUGACUGUGCGCACGAGAACGUUCGCAAGAUACACGAGAUGGAGAAGAUGGCGCCGCAACGACGUCUUCGUGGACUCACGUGCGCGGUGUGUGUGUUGACAUUAAGGAAAACACACGCACGCCCACUCGCAGGUCACUUGCCGAUCUGCAAACGCUCAUCUUGUAACAAGUUUUGUGUGGACACACGACAAAGCUUGGCUCCGUGGACUGUCUCGGAACACUGCUGGCGGUUCUUUGGAGUGCUUGGGUUGUGUAGUGACCGCCGGGACGAAUUGCUUCACGCGCCACGGUUCCGAUGAGGCUUUCCCGCGAAGGUGCGCGGUAAUGCUUCUUACGAAGUGCGUUGCUCCAGCAAAUGGCCAUGAGGUUUUUACAUGAGAGAACUUGCAGCCGCUUAGCUAAGUGCUAGUCACGUGAACGUACGGAGGUGCAAAAUACGCUCCGGUGCGUCUGCUACACAGGAAAAAUUUCUCAAUAAAGACAUCGAGAUCGGGGAGCUAAUAGCGAUGCGUUGCUUUUUUUUUUUCUGACGUGUGUCGCAGUCUCUUAAUUCAUCUCAAUAACUCCCUGAAAAUGUUUCGAGAUUAUGAAGAAACACUUGCUCUUAUGGGAAAUACGGCCAUAAACAUUUGUUGUAUGCCAUUGGCUCGAUGCGCUCGACAAAAAGCUACUUCUAAGGGCAGACUUUAUUCACGCCAUUGCUCUUAAAAAUUGGGUAGUAAGAAACAAUCCCUGAAUGGCGGAAGAGAUGUGUGUGUAUGUGUGCAAUAGGUUUCAUUGGCUUAUGGAAAAUCCUACGUUCGUUAUAUGUGGAAGAUGCGUGAACGCCUUGGAUUCCCAAAACACACCGCGUGAAGAUGGGUGAGCUCUUUCAAGCGUCCGAUUAUUGUCGAUCACAAUGAGCCCUCUCUGUUUAAUUGGAGGAAUCACCUGGCACUUGCGCUUUCACAACCAGAUGCAAGAGAUAGAGAAAGUUGCGAAAUAUUUUGUCAGAAAUCUUGUAGUCUGUUAAAGAGGCAACUUCGUUUGUCAUUUGUACGCUUUUGGAAUAGACGUUAGAACAAAAAUGUUUUGCCACUUCCUUAUGGGAAGUUGCUCGCGUUUCCACGAUCAUUGUCCUUUCUGACGUUCUCUGUCUAGUCCAGCACUAUUAGUGCUCUAAAUGGUGCUUUCUGAAUUGUUGGCCCUUUUUUUCAUGUUGAAACGUUUGCCCCAGUAAACCGACAGGCUUGUUGAAAACGAGCCACGGAAUAAGCUACGUGUUUGAGAUAACAUAAAGCAUCUAAGUAGUAUUUUGUAAAGGCUACAGCUACGUUCAUUUUAUAAAAGUUAGGUCAUUAUGCUCACAGAGGUUGUUUGGCUGUUUUGCGGAGUGUAUGGAACAUUGGCGUAGGAAAGUGUGGGAAUAAGACAGCGACUAAGCUGCUUUAGUGUUCAUGCAACGUAGCGUGGUGCGUAGGGAAAUAAUUAUACCGGCCUGUCUACGGAGUAUUUUUCAUUCAAGAGAAAGCCUUCGCGAAAACCAUUUGGUUAGUGACACUUACCUGCAGAGUUUAAAAUAAACGCAGCUUCUGUCGCUCGAUGACGUAGCUUUGAUUGGUUGUCACGCUACUUUUAUGGGAAGGGGUGACUGACAUUUACAUAGAUGUAAAUAUUGUGAAUAAAAAGAGACGGAG